GAGAGAAUCCCUAAAAAAGCCCUAUUUUCCUCUGCCACUCUCAAUCCUCGCAGAUAGAGGAGGUCCAGGCUUGGUGGAGUAAAGAAAAUCAUGCAAAACCAAGGGCCAGACUUGAAUACCAAGAAGGCCCAUGACAGGAAUUGGGGGCCCAUGGACUUCGGAGCGCGGCUUUGAAAUUCCUUCGUCCGCCGAAGCAUCCCCAUAAAGAGAAUACUAGUCAGAGCUACAGCCUCCAGAAGGAAGCGAAGGCAAAGUUUGAAAGAGAGAAAGCAUGAAGAUAGAGGAGGUUCAAUCCACUACAAAGAAGCAGAGGGUCGCCACUCACACCCAUAUCAAAGGUCUCGGUCUCGAGGCCAAUGGAAAUGCAAUACCUUUGGCUGCUGGCUUUGUGGGACAGAUUGGGGCAAGAGAGGCUUCUGGUCUUGUAGUUGAUAUGAUACGGCAGAAGAAGAUGGCUGGCCGGGCUCUUCUAUUUGCUGGACCUCCUGGUACUGGGAAGACAGCACUGGCCCUUGGCAUAUCCCAAGAGCUCGGUAGCAAGGUUCCUUUCUGCCCAAUGGUGGGAUCAGAGGUAUACUCAUCAGAGGUAAAGAAAACUGAGAUUUUAAUGGAAAAUUUCCGACGGGCUAUUGGUCUACGUAUCAAGGAAAAUAAGGAAGUGUAUGAAGGAGAGGUGACAGAACUCUCCCCAGAAGAAACUGAGAGCACAACAGGUGGUUAUGGAAAAAGCAUUAGCCAUGUGAUUAUUGGAUUAAAAACUGUGAAGGGAACCAAGCAGCUGAAAUUGGACCCAACUAUUUAUGAUGCUUUGAUUAAGGAGAAGGUAGCUGUUGGUGAUGUUAUAUAUGUUGAAGCCAAUAGUGGAGCUGUUAAAAGGGUGGGCAGAAGUGAUGCUUUUGCUACAGAAUUUGACCUUGAGGCGGAAGAGUAUGUUCCACUUCCUAAAGGAGAGGUUCACAAAAAGAAGGAGAUAGUUCAGGAUGUAACACUUCAUGACCUGGAUGCUGCAAAUGCACGGCCUCAAGGUGGACAAGAUAUAUUGUCCCUAAUGGGUCAGAUGAUGAAGCCCAGGAAAACAGAAAUCACUGAUAAGUUACGACAGGAAAUUAACAAGGUUGUUAACCGUUACAUCGAUGAAGGUGUGGCAGAGCUUGUUCCUGGGGUCCUAUUUAUUGAUGAGGUACACAUGCUGGAUAUGGAGUGUUUUUCAUAUUUGAAUCGUGCUCUAGAGAGCUCACUGUCUCCAAUAGUAAUUUUCGCUACAAAUAGGGGAAUAUGUAAUGUAAGAGGAACUGAUAUGAGUAGUCCUCAUGGCAUACCUGUUGACUUGUUAGACCGGUUGGUGAUUGUACGGACGGAAACUUAUGGUCCUGCCGAUAUGAUUCAGAUUUUAGCAAUCCGUGCACAGGUGGAGGAACUGAUUAUAGAUGAAGAAAGUCUAGCUUACCUUGGAGAAAUUGGACAAGAAGCUUCAUUAAGGCAUGCAGUUCAGCUCUUAUCACCUGCUAGCAUUAUGGCCAGGAUGAAUGGUCGAGACAACAUUUGCAAGGCUGAUCUGGAGGAAGUGAAAGCUCUAUAUCUAGACGCAAAGUCUUCAGCAAGGCUUCUGCAGGAGCAGCAGGAAAGAUACAUCUCAUGAUAAUUUUAACUUAAUCCUUCCAAUGCAUGCUUUUGUUUUGAAAAGAACCAUAUAUGAGAUGGCAUUUAGUGAUUGAGAGGACAAGGAGGAGCCACUCUGACAUCAUGGAUAGCACCUGCCUCUACAUCCGAUCCAGUCCUUGCUGUCCAUUAACUUGCUCAGCAUUUUCUCGGUGCCUUAUGGGUGGUGGUUGCUCCCAAGUGGAGCUGGUUUGAAUCCUCUGGAUGUCACCGGAGGUAUCCCACCAAUUACCUAUUUUGCAAAGACAACAAAAAUAUGAAGGAGUCUCAGAGUUUUUGUUGAUUGAUGAUGUAUUUGCAAAGACUAAUCUCUUUAUAGACCCCAAAAGACAGAUUACUUUCUUGCAUGGUAGAUCUGCUCUUAGCAGCCUUAAUCUUGUUAUAUUUUGAACUUAGAAAUCGACUCUUUUGCUUUCUAUUUUUAAAUCCCUUUGGGAAAUUCAAAUUGGUUGAUGGGGUAGCACUCCUUUCAUGA